UCAGAGUGUGGCGGCGCGCCGGCUUGCGCGCUCGCCUGCCCUUUGGCCUGGCGCCGUACCACCACCUCCUUUAACCUUUUCAUCAAUAAAAAAUGUUCCCAAUUGCAUCCGUUAAUUGUGUGUGUACGAAUACCAUGUCAAUUUAUUAGUAUUCAUUGAGAACGGUCGCGUUAGCGCCCUCGUAGUGUCUUCCUUUGUUGAGUGUGAUUGACUUUAGUUGUGUUUUGAUGAGGUUGUAAAAGUGAUAAUGAACGCCGCGACCGUGUAAAUAUUAAGGUCUAUUAAUAAAGCAAUAUUAUUAAAAAACCCCGUAGCAGGUACUACCGAACGAACGUGCUAAAAUAGUUAUUGUUCUUCCAUUGAUAGAACUAGUGAUUAUCUGUGCUGUUUUUUAUCUGUGCUCGAAAAUGGUGGUGAAUAAAAUUGGGAUCAGCGUGUACGGUCGGCAAGGGAAGUGAAGAAUGAUGCGAAGAUGCCGCAACGCGCGCCGACCACGUCUAGUUUGAUGCGCCCGUUUGUGGUAUUGGCUCUUCCCGGGAUGUAUUUGCUGUAUAAGUACAAUCAGUACCGUCAGCAGCAAAUGGAGACCGCGAGGCGCCGAGUCACUGAGCGCGAGCUUAUGCAUCUCAACACCAAAAUUGAUAAGUUGCUCAACAAGCUUGAAGAAAAUGAGCCUGAGCUUGCCACUUCCCCUGAAGAAGAAUGUGUAAUAUGUGUCAACGCAAAAGCAACAAUGCAGACCUCGCCCUGCGGGCACCGUGUUGUGUGCCGGCGGUGUUUCGUCAAGACCAUCCAGAUGGCAGUCAGCCAAAGAUUGCUGCCCUUACGUUGCGUCAUCUGCCGGGCGAAAAUUCUGAGGCUGCGGCAGGCACCGCGCCUGGUGACUAGCAAGAGUUGGCAGAUAUCAAGUGGCAGUAGCAGAGCAUGGGGAGUGCCUGGAUCCAUCUCCUCGUACUCGGUUGGAGCACGCUCUGUUCCCGCUUCGGCUUCGCUCUACUCAGUCACGAGCGGCGAAUCUUCCCUCUCGGGUGUGUCUUCCGUGUCCUCGAACAGCGGGAACAAUGUGAGCGGCUCGUGCUCAACCAAGCUGUGCGGCGGUUCGAAAUGCGGCGGCGCGUGCCUGGGCGCCGUGCCGCGGGUGCCGUCCACCUCCGCGCCGCCGAAACCGCGGCAACCUGCGUCGAAUUCGCUACGACGGUCUCAACAUCAUAGCAUGAAGGCUAGAUUACAAGACUAUCAAGUUCACAGUUACACUGGUGGGCCAGCAGCAGAAACUUCUGGUAGACUCCCUCCCAUAAGAGAGUUUCAAAGGGAAUUUCGUGAAGGACGCAGGGAGAGCGCUAACUCAGCAUCUGCGUCAACUAGAAUUAGGUGUGCUCAGAAAAUAGUUACACAACUAGAAACAUCGCCUCAACAAGAAAAACAGCACUUCUUCCGACCCUUAAAACCGUCAAAUAAAGAUGACCCGCCCAAAUCAAGAGAUCAAAGCAAAGAGACUGAAAGGAAAAAAGAUAACCCCAAAACAAAGCCCAAAAAAGAUGAUAAGAAAAAGAAGGAACCGGAUGAAAAUGCCAAAACAGAUAAAAUUAAGAAAGAUGAAACGCAGGACAACAAGAAGAAUGAACUAGCUGAAAAAAAGAAAGAAGAAAAACUACGAUUAAAAGCAGAGAAAGAAGCUAAGAAGGAAGCGAAGCUUCAAGCGAAGGAGGAAGAAAGACAAGCAAAAUUAUUAGCUAAAGAAGAGGAAAGACAAGCCAAGCUACUGGCAAAGGAAGAGAAAAAGAAAGCUAAAAAAGAAGCUAAACUCGCAGCGCAGGCUGAAAAAGAAAAAAGUAAAUAAUAAUAUAUUGUUAAACUUUUUACAACGUAGAAACUCGUAGCCGUCUUUAAAUAUUAGAAUUAAAAAAAAACGUUAUUCAGGGAUGAAAAUACAAUUAAUAGUUGAUUAGAUUUCAAACGUUUACUGGAUCUUACGAUAUGUUAAGGUUUAGUAUAUAUAUCUUUAGUUACCUCAUUCAAUCUUUAAAUGUGACAAUAUAAUAACAGUAAAAGUUUUUUGUUUACAGAAUGCAAUAAUCGUCUUUUUAUGUAAGUAGAUCUAAAAGUUAAUUUCAAAAAGAGCAAUUUUAAAAAUAGUCGGAAAACUGCGAAGACUGAAAGAAUGCGUCGAUAAAGUCAUAUCGUUUUGUAAUUUACGUGUAUUUAUUAACAUUUAAGAGCUUUUAUCAUUCCAAACAUUAAAAGGCCUGGUUUAUGAUUUCUAACAGCACAAUAUAAAUUUCAUGUACAAUUUUUUUCAUGUGCAUAUGUAUAUUACACAUUGCAUUACAUUUAAAAAUCUAUAGAUUCUUUAUAUAAGAAAUGCUAUACGUAACUUCACACUUAAUUGAGAUUGUUUUAUGUCAAGGGACAAUUUUUAUCGUUUAAAGGAUAUCUCUACUCAAUAUUAAUUUGGUAUAAUGCUUUUUAUAUAAUCUACUUAUUUACCCAGAAACAAAAUUGUAAACCAGGCUAUAAUUUUAUGUCGACAUUGUUUCAGUGCACUGCCACAUUUUGAUAGUUAAGGAUGUUCGGUUGAAUGAAAAGUUAAAACGCAGUAACUACGCCUCUUUCGUUAUCCUUAGAGCUACGCACAUUAAUUUACAGCAAAAACACAUUUUAAGGCCAUUAAAUUAAGGAAGACUUAUUUUUACUCGUAUAAUAUAUAAAGAAAAUAUAAUUUCAAAGCUAUCUUUCUUAUUCGAUAUGCAUGCACGUUAUAUAAUUUCGUACUUAUUUUUUAUUUAUAAAAAUAAUUACAAAAAUAUCCUUAACUGUUGAAACUUUAUACCAGAUAGAGGUUUAGCAGUCUAGCUAACAGCAGUCAAAUAUUAGAUUAAUUUAAAAUAAAUCUAUUGCAUAUAAUAAAACUACAGCUAUAUUGGCUGAUAAAUUAAAAUAAUGAAUACCAAAUCAUAUAAUAGACAAAUUCAUUAUGGACCAGGUAAACGGUUAAAUUCAUAAUAAAAAACUAAUUCAAUAGGCAGACCAAGUCUGCAAUGUUUUUUUUUAUUCAAGAUUCCAAUUGUUUUGAAUGCUUUAUAAAUACAUUUUUAGUGAUAUACCUUCUUUUUUUAAUAUUUUUCUAGUCUUCAAGCUUUACAUACAUUAUCUUUUAUUUGUUCAUCAAAUGGAUAGCUAUUACAAUGUUAUAGAUCAUAUCAGGUCAUGUUAAGCGUAAUUAAUAUAGAUAAGCGUUGACAUUUUAUUUUAUAAGAUUUCCAUAAAUGACUAACUCUAUAGUCAUUCGUUAGAAAACUCCUGUAAAAUAAAAAAUAAACAAUGUUACCA